CUUCGGAAGCGACCAGUACAAUCUCGUGCUCCGUCGCGAUCGAGAGAAAAAUUUUGUCCGAGCAUUUUCUCUCCAAGUCUGCUGUGUGGAUCUUCAAAGACAACUCGGCGUAUUAGCUCAGAAGGGUCCUCUCACAGCGGCUUCUUCAACCUCAAGUGCUCAAAAUGACAACCUACACGGACAAGGGACCAAAGCCCGAUGGCGGCCGCUUCCUGGCCUUCGAUCACGUGACCUUCUGGGUCGGAAACGCAAAGCAGGCUGCGUCCUACUACUGCAACAAGAUGGGGUUCGAGUACCUCUGCUACCGGGGUCUGGAGACCGGAUCCCGCAAGGUGGUGUCGCACGCGGUGCGCCAGAACAAGAUCAUCUUCGUCUUCGCGUCGGCACUCAACCCGGACGACGAAGUGAUGGGACCGCACCUUGUCAAGCACGGAGACGGCGUCAAGGACAUCGCCUUCAGUGUCGAAGACCUGGACACCAUUGUGAAGCGUGCCAAGGAACGUGGCGCUGCCAUCGUCCGCGACAUCUGGGAGGAGUCUGACGAAUGCGGAACUGUGCGCUUCGCAACGGUGCAGACGUGCGGCGACACGACGCACACGUUCGUGGAGCGCGGAUCCUACAACGGCCUCUUCCUGCCCGGAUUCAAGAAGCAUCCAUCCCGAGACCGCAGCUACGAGAAGCUGCCCAACACUGGCCUCCAGUUCAUCGACCACUGCGUCCUCAACCAACCCGACCUGGAGAUGGUGCCCACAGCCCAGUGGUACGAGAAGAGCCUCAUGUUCCACCGCUUCUGGUCGGUGGACGACAAGCAGAUCCACACCAAGUACUCGGCGCUGAGAUCCAUCGUGGUCACAAACUACGAGGAGACCAUCAAGAUGCCCAUCAACGAACCCGCCAACGGGCUGCGCCGAUCGCAGAUACAGGAGUAUGUGGACUACUACGGAGGUGCCGGCGUCCAGCACAUCGCCUUGAACACGAGUGACAUCAUCGCCUCGAUCACGGCACUGCGCGAACGCGGCAUGGAAUUUCUGGAUACGCCGGACACGUACUACACGCAGCUGAGAGAGAAGCUCAAGACUGCCAAGAUUACCGUCUCUGAGGACCUCAACACGCUGCAAAAGCUGAAGAUCCUGAUCGACUACGACGACAACGGCUACCUGCUGCAGAUAUUCACCAAGAACAUGCAGGACCGGCCGACGCUGUUCCUCGAAGUCAUCCAGAGGCACAACCACCAUGGAUUUGGCGCCGGUAACUUCAAGUCCCUCUUCGAGGCUAUCGAGGCUGAGCAGGAGGCCAGAGGAAACCUCUACUGAGAUCCAAACGAACGUCAACAAACGACUGCGUCUC